AUGAAGUGUAUACAUUUAAAAGUUUUGAAUUAUGUUUAUAAGUUCAAAGCUUUAUUAGGUAAAAUUAGUUUAAUUAAAGAUAGGAAUGAUAGAAAUAAGAUUUCUGAAAGGAUACGUAUGCUGCUAUAUGCCCACGAUCUAAAGUAUUUAAACUUUGACCAUGUGGCAUACGCAUAUUACGUACAUAUGAAAGACAAUUCAAAAGAUAUCGGUUUUUAUCUAAAUAAAGAAGGUGAAUUGGAUGAUCAUUAUUAUUCGUUUGUUCGAAAAUAUGAAAGCGAAACUGUUAAUUCGGCUCCUAACCUUUUUUUGAAUAAUCCGGGAUCAUUUGAUGAUGAUGCGAAUGAAGGAGAAAAUGAAAGAGCGAACGAUAUAGUAAAUGUAGUUAUGGAUGAAGGAGAAAAUGAAACGGCAAACGCCGUAGUAAAUGAAGUCAUGGAUGAAGUUAUAAAUGAAAUUGUAACUAAUGCACUAGAUAAGGCUCUAAAUAACAUUGUAACUGAAGUAUUAGUUAAAUCUAAGACCCAGAAGAAGUCAUUUCGGUGCAAGGAUUGCAAUAAAAAUUUACAUUUAAAAGUUUUGAAUUAUGUUUAUAAGUUCAAAGCUUUAUUAGGUAAAAUUAGUUUAAUUAAAGAUAGGAAUGAUAGAAAUAAGAUUUCUGAAAGGAUACGUAUGCUGCUAUAUGCCCACGAUCUAAAGUAUUUAAACUUUGACCAUGUGGCAUAUGCAUAUUACGUACAUAUGAAAGACAAUUCAAAAGAUGCCGGUUUUUAUUUAAAUAAAGAAGGUGAAUUGGUUGAUCAUUACUAUUCGUUUGUUCGAAAAUAUGAAAGCGAAACUGUUAAUUCGGCUCCUAACCUUUUUUUGAAUAAUCCGGGAUCAUUUGAUGAUGAUGUGAAUGAAGGAGAAAAUGAAAGAGCGAACGAUAUAGUAAAUGUAGUUAUGGAUGAAGGAGAAAAUGAAACAGAUAACGCUGUAGUAAAUGAAGUCAUGGAUGAAGUUAUAAAUGAAAUUGUAACUAAUGCACUAGAUAAGGCUCUAAAUAACAUUGUAACUGAAGUAUUAGUUAAAUCUAAGACCAAGAAGAAGUCAUUUCGGUGCAAGGAUUGCAAUAAAAAUUAAGAACUGUUUUAUACAAGAGGUCAAUUCCUAGGAGGUUUCAAAUCAAUUUUAAAGAAGAAUCAUUUCAUCUACUAUAGGCCAAACUUCGAUAAAAUAAGUAAAAGAUUGAGCCAUAUCAACGAUCUCCAUCCAUUAAGCGAAAUAAAUUUCUUUCAUCUCUUUUGGUAUUACAAAAAAGAAUUUACAGAAGAUAACAUUAAAGGUACCGAAGAGUCAUUCCUUCGACCUCAAAUUAAAAAACUUUUCCUGGACUUUAUAGCUCAUUUAGAAAGUCAUCCACAACAAGCUAACGUAGACAUGUUGUCUCAAUGUCAGGAGAACCCAUUUACUUGUUGGGAUGAUUCGUCUCUAUACGAAUAUUAUUUAAUGGUAGACUUGGAUAUUUCAACAUAUUUAAGAAAAAGUUUGAAAGAACAGUAUGUAAAACUACUGUAUCCAGAUGGUCCUUCUUUCGAUGAUUAUCGAAGAAGCAGUUUUAGUGCAACGGCAGAAGGUACGAGUAGUCUGGACGUUCCGAUGUUAAACUGCCCUGCACAAAUUAGUACUCCAAUGGUUGAAACGAUUGAACCAAGCGAUGUAUGGUAUACGAAUGUUCUGGACGCGACUCCUUCAGAAUCGUCUUCAGUUUUACCCUCCUGUUCAAAGGAAAAUAAAACGCCUAAAGAUUCUGAUUCUAAUGAGGAUUUUCAUGGAAUUUCUCCAUUUUUACUUUCUACAUACAAUUUAAAAGCUUCACAUUCUACAUUAAAUUUAACAAAUUUACCAUCCACAUCUAAUUUAAAAGAUUUACCUGAUCUAUCUAAUUUAAAACAAGAUUUACCUUCUCCAUCAAAUGUGAGAUAUUCUUCUACUGAAAAUCGUAAUUCUCCUGAAAAUUCUAACCGUUCUUCUACCGAAAAUUCCACUCCUAAUCGUUCUUCUACUGAAAAUUCCACAUCUUAUUCAACUUCUAAUCGUUCUUCUGCAAGUUCUGAAACAACAUAUAUGUGUAAAAUUUGUUUUAAGAUUUUUCCACGUUAUUUUAACUUAUAUAAUCAUAGUAAGACUCAUACAAGAAAAGGAGAUGAAGUUUGCUGCUUUUGUUUGAAGAAAUUCGAUAGGAAAAUUUUACUUGUGAAUCACAUAAAAGUCCAUAAAAGGAAGUAAAAAAAUGUAUGUAAUUUUUAAUUUUGAUUUAGAAUUUUUUUUUUAAUUUUAUAUUUAUUUUAGGUAUAAUCCAGUUUUCCACUUUGAGUUUGCAAUUUUUCAAGUUUUCCACUUUCCAAGUAUUCCAUUUUUCAAGUUUUUCUUUUCAGAAGUUUUCCAUUUUUGGAGUUUUAAAUUUUUGAUUAUCAAUUUUUGGAGUUUUUCAUUUUUGGAGUUUUCCAUUUAUGAUGUACAACUGUUCUGGACGCGACUCCUUCAAAAUCUUUCUCAGUUUUUCUCAUUUUUCAAGUUUUUCUUUUCAGAAGUUUUCCAUUUU